AUGGGCCCAAGUGUGGUGCCUGCAAGCUUUCCAGAAGGCUCUGGGCCCUGUCCCCGUGAGGGUCGGCUGGGAUUUCUUUCAGCCGAAGCUUCUGAGAUUGCUCUGCCACCUGGAAGCGGCAUUACAGUUCUCAUAAAGCCCGGGACCCCAACUCUGCCAGUGAAGCCCUGUUACAUCAUCUUUUCUAAAAAACCUACGACCAUGUUGUUCAUCAAAUCCGGAGAAAGAAAGGCUUUUUCCUUUAGCUGCCAGAAUCCGGAGAAUCACUUUGUCGUUGAGAUCCAGAAGAACAUCGACUGCAUGUCGGGCCCGUGUCCUUUUGGGGAGGUCCAUCUGCAACCCCCAGCAUCGAUGUUGCCCACCCUCAACAGAACUUUCACCUGGGACGUCCAAGCUCACAAGAGCAUUGGUCUGGAGCUACAGUUCUCCACGCCUCGCCUGAGGCAGAUCGGGCCUGGGGACAGCUGCCCGGACGGAGUCACUCACUCCAUCAGCGGCCGCAUCGAUGCCACCGCAGUCAGGAUCGGAACCUUUUGCAGCAACGGCACCGUGUCCCGGAUCAAGAUGCAAGGGGGCGUGCAGAUGGCCUUACACCUGCCGUGGUUCCACAACCGGAACAUCUCUGGCUUCAGUAUCGCGAACCGGUCGUCCAUAAAACGACUGUGCAUCAUUGAAUCUGUGUUUGAGGGCGAAGGCUCAGCGACCCUCAUGUCUGCCAACUACCCGGACGGCUUCCCUGAGGACGAGCUCAUGACGUGGCAGUUCGUCAUCCCCGCGCACCUGCGGGCGAGCGUGUCCUUCCUGCACUUCAACGUCUCUAACUGCGAGAAGAAGGAGGAGCGGGUUGAGUACUACAUCCCGGGCUCCACCACCAACCCCGAGGUGUUCCGGCUGGCGGACAAGCAGCCCGGGAACAUGGCUGGGAGCUUCAACCUCUCUCUGCAGGGCUGUGACCAAGACGCCCAAAAUCCAGGGAUCCUCCGGUUGAAGUUUCAAGUUUUGGUCCAACACCCACAAAACGAAAGCAACGUCACCUAUGUGGUUGACUUGAGCAAUGAGCGAGCCAUGUCACUCACCAUUGAGCCGAGGCCCAUUAAGCUGAGCCGAAAGUUUGUCCCCGGCUGUUUUGUGUGUCUGGAGUCGCGGAUCUGCAGCACCAACCUCACCUUGACACACGGCUCCAAACAAGGGAUAAUGGGCGAGGGAAGACCGAAGGGAAAAGCAAGAAAGCCUCGGGCUGACUUGAUAGCUGGGAGGAUGCUCUUCCAGUCUCCUCCCUCCCUGGGUACCACGAGCCCCUCUUUUCCAGGCUGCAUGGACCACCGGUACUGCCACAGGAAGUCCUACCUCCUCCAAGUGCCAAGGGACAUUCUCCAGCUGCCUGUGCAGCUGCACGACUUCUCUUGGAAGCUGCUGGUGCCCAAGGACAGGCUCAGCCUGGCACUGGUGCCAGCCCAGAAGCUGCAGCAGCACACGCAAGAGCGGAUCUGCAACACCAGCUUCAGCUACCUCGUGGCCAGCACCGGUCCCGGCCAGGACCUUUAUUUUGGCUCCUUCUGCUCAGGAGGCUCCAUCGAGAAGAUCCAAGUGAAGCAGAACAUGUCGGUAACCCUGCGUACCUUUGCCCCCAGCUUCCAACAAGAAGUCUCCAGGCAGGGCCUGACCGUGUCCUUCACACCCUACUUCAAAGAAGAAGGUGUUUUCACGGUGACCCCAGACACGAAAAGCAAGGUCUACCUGAGGACACCUAACUGGGAGCGGGGCCUGCCAUCUCUCAGCUCGGUGUCCUGGAACAUCAGCGUGCCCCACGACCAGGUGGCCUGCCUGACCUUCACGAAGGAGCAGACCGGCCUGGUCUGCCAGACGGGGCGCGCCUUCAUGAUCGUCCAGGAGCAGAGGACCAGGGCCGAGGAGAUCUUCAGCCUGGAGGAGGUGCUCCCCAAGCCAGGCUUCCGCCAUCACAGCUUCUGGGUCAACAUCUCCAACUGCAGCCCUCUGAGCGGCAAGCAGCUGGACCUGCUCUUCCAGGUGUCACUUACCCCGAGGACUGUGGACCUGACCAUCGUCCUCAUCGCAGUGGUGGGAGGUGGCGCCUUGCUGCUGUUUGCCCUCGGACUCGUCAUUUGCUUAGUGAAAAAGAAGAAAAAGAAGAUAAACAAGGGCCCAGCCGUAGGUAUCUACAAUGGCAACAUCAACACUCAGAUGCCCAUGCAGCCAAAAAAGUUGCAGAAGGUACGAAAGGACAGCGAGUCCCACGUAUAUGCGGUCAUCGAUGACACUAUGGUAUAUGGGCAUCUGCUGCAGGAUUCCAACGGGUCCUUCGUCCAGCCAGAGACGGACACCUACCGGCCCUUCCAGGGCCCCACAGGAGACUGCCCGCCCUCCCCACCCCCCACAUGCUCCAGGGCCCCGACUGCCAAGCUGACCACAGAGGAGCCAUCCCCUGGCUGCAGCCCUGAGUCUGAGAGUGAACCAUACACCUUCUCCCACCCCAAGAUGGAGAAUGGAAGCAAUGAAAACACAGACAUUCCCUUGCUGGACGCUCACAAGCCAGCAGAGCCUGGGGAAUAACUUGGACCCGUCCCAAAGACUUUGCAUAAAAAGCAAGGCACUGAGACAACCUUUAGGGUGCCCAUGAGAAACCCUAAAGAAGAGAAAUUAUGUGGAAGGAACAGCAGAAAGUUUUCCUGGACACCAACUUCUGAUUUCAUUCCGAUGAUGAGAGGCUGAAAGUGAUGAAUUCUGAUCUGGACACAAACAUUACAGCUCAUGUCCUUCUAAACUCAGGUCGGGUCGUAAACCAGCCUUAAUGAGAGAGGAGAGGCGUGAGUCACCAGGUACAGGGACGCAGGGGGCCCUGGAUUUGGAUUUGGAUUUGGACCGCGGGGUCACCAAUCCUAACCCCUAGGAGACCACCCGAGGAUCCUACUCUCACGGGGUCCCCUGGACGAGACUGACAAUGUGCCUUUUAUUAUUAUUUAUUUGGUGGCCCUGUGUGCUUAAGAAGUUGAAUGUAUAACCAUGCAGUUCUUUUUGCCUGACACAGUGACAACUCAUGCUAACUGGUCGGAUGGCUUGGUUUUGACGUCUCCUGGCCACUAGAUAAACAUGUGCUCGUCCCCUGGGAGGUGGGAAGAAUCUGCAAUCUGUCCGGCCAGAAAGGGCGGGUGUGUUUGAGGGCAUUGAUGCACAUCUUCUUUCAGAAGAGACUUCUCGGUUCUCUCUCGCUCUGCAUGUCUUUAUCCGUCUACAGAAAUUCAUCUUGAGUCCCAUUGCCCUUAAGCCCUAGAAAUGAGCGAAAUUUCCUUGAAUUGCCAUGUGUGGCUCUCCCAGCUACGGCAAUACUCUGGCGUGUACACAGAAAUUUAGGGAGUGAUUCCAUCCUCUAAAAAUGUUUUAAAAUACAGCAGAAAGCAGCCCCCUG